CAAAAGCACCAGCUGGAAGAGUGUCUUUGGAGAAAAUUUGUGAACUCAACAACUGGUUGAAAAGAAGGUCUUGUUGGUACCUGUACCUGAGUCUCUUGAAUGAACAUGGCUGGCCUUCAGGACAACACUCUGAGGAUUGUUCUUGUGGGGAGAACUGGAAGUGGGAAAAGUGCAACAGCAAACACCAUCCUUGGAAGAAGAGAAUUUGAAUCUAAAAUUUGUGCCCAUGCUGUUACCAAGAAAUGUCAGAAAGCAGAGCGAGAUUGGAAUGAGAGGAAACUUCUUGUCGUGGACACCCCAGGGAUGUUUGACACCAAGGAGAAACUGCAGACCACCUGUGAGGAAAUCAGCAGGUGUCUCUGCUUCUCCUACCCUGGGCCUCAUGCCAUCAUCCUGGUACUACAGCUGGGCCGCUACCGAGAGGAGGUUCAGAAAACAGUUGCAUUGAUCAAGGCCAUCUUUGGGGAGGCAGCCAUGAAUCACAUGAUCGUCUUGUUCACUCGCAAAGAUGAUUUGGGUGAUCAAACAUUGCCUGAGUUUGUAGCAUCAUCAGACGUAAAACUGCAAAGUAUCAUCAAGGAGUGUGGGAACCGCUGCUGUGCCUUCAAUAACCAGAAGAAUGCAGAUGAAGCUGAGAAGGAAGCUCAACUGCAGGAGCUGGUGGAGCUGAUAGAGGAUAUGGUGCGGAAGAACGGAGGGGCCCACUUUUCUGAUGCCAUAUACAAGGACACAGAUGAAAAGCUGAAGAAAAUCUAUGCUGAGCAAUUGGAGAUGAAAAUUAAGCUAACAGAAAAGCAAUGUGAUCAGGGAAAAAUAUCACAGGAAGAAAAAGAGGAAAAAAUAAAAGUCCUAAAGAUGAAGCAUAAAGAACAAAUUAAAAAUAUAAGGGAACAAGCUGAAAGGAAUAUAUUUGCAAAUAUUGUACAAAGGAUUUGGAAUAUGUUUUCAAAUCUAUGGCAUAGCAUUUUCAAAUAGUGUAAAUUUUCUUUUUUUUCUCUUUAAUUUGCAUUGAUUUGUUACUGUGGUAGAUUGUAUUUUCAAAAAAUGGUUACAACAGUAUCUUCUAUCCCACCUAUUCUUCUUAUAAUCUGAGCAUGCUUUUCCUUUUGUUGAGUUAUAUGGGUCUGUGCCACUGCCUUGCAAUUCCAUGGAAUUUGUGGCUGAUUUGACAAAUAGCGAAUGGCUGUGAUUUCUAAAGUUAGAUAGGGAGGAUGCCUCCUUCCUCUUUGGAGUAUGUGCCCUUAGCACUUGGCCACCAUGUGGUGAGGAAGCCCAAGUUGUCCAUCGAGUCCACAUGAAGACGACAUGAAAUCACUGGCUCACUCCCCUGGCUGCUCUUUCAUCUGCCACAGAAACAACUUGCCAGCCGUGCCUGUGAGGCAACAUGGAAGCAGAUUCUCCAGCUGACAACUGAGCCAUCUCAGAUGAAGCUGCAAAGAGCAAAGAUGGGCCACCCCCACUGCAUCCUGCCCAGGUUUCAAGAGAAAAAUAAAUGAUUGUUGUUGCUUUAAACCACUAGGCUUCGGGAUGGUUUGUUAUGCAGUGACAGCUAACCAGAAGCAUCCUCCCAUCAUUCCCCACCAAUCCCCACAAUGCCAACAAACUGAAGAACUUAGAA